UCGUUCGUGCUCUAAGACUCUUGUUCGCCGGCGGCCACCGUCGCCGAGUCCAUCGCUGAGUCUUGCGGGAGGGUGUGUUGGGGUGCGGGUGCUGCGGGCACUAUGGAGCCGCCGUUCAGCCCGGGCUUCGCCCACCGGCCGGAUGAGGAUUGGGAUUCUACCCUGUUUGCUGAACUUGGCUAUUUCCCAGAUGCUGAUGACCUGCAUUUGGACACAGUAAAUGAACCUUAUGAAAGCAAUUUCGAUAAUCUUGACUUCGAUUUGGAUUUGAUGCCUUGGGAGACUGGCCUCUGGGACAUCAAUAACCAGUUCUGUACAGGACCCAGUGGGAAAAGUCUCUCUCCAUGUCUUGCAAUGAAAGAUGUUAAGACAGAACCUCAGCCACUGUCUCCAGCCUCCUCCAGCUGCUCCGUCUCAUCUCCUCAGUCUGUGGAUUCCUGUUCCUCAACACAACAUGUCCCUGAGGAGUUAGACUUGUCUUCGACUUCCCAGAUGUCACCCCUCUCAUUAUACAGUGAGAGCUCACCUGAUGCCUCCUUAGCAGAGCCACUGAAGGAAGACAAGCCCCUUGUUGGCUCCAGGUGCAAAGCAGAAAGUGGGCUAACUCCAAGGAAGAAAGUCUUAAUGAGCUCCAAGCCUUCCAUCCAGCCCAAGCCUUUACUACUCCCAGCUGCACCGAAGACACAGACACACAACAACGUCCCGGCCAAGGCGAUCAUCAUUCAGACUCUCCCAACGCUGGUGCCACUGGCAAAGCAGCAGCCACUCCUCAGUAUCCACCCCGUGCCUGUGAAAGCUCCCACUGUCAUGCUCUCCCAGCCUGCCAUGGUCCAGCUCCAGGCCCCAGGGCCACUGCCCUGUCCCCAGCCUGUCCUGGCUGUUGCUGGGCGCACACAGCUGCCUAACCACAUGGUGAACGUCGUCCCGGCCCCCGUGACUGGCAGUCCCACCAGUGGAAAGCUGUCUGUGGCCAAGCCUGUCCUGCAGGGCACUGCAAGGAGUGUGGGCUCCGAGAUUGCAGUGCUCAGGCGCCAGCAGCGGAUGAUCAAAAAUCGUGAGUCAGCCUGCCAGUCCCGAAAGAAGAAGAAAGAGUACAUGCUAGGGCUGGAGGCACGGCUGAAGGCGGCACUGUCAGAGAAUGAGAAGCUCAAGAAGGAGAAUGGCUCCCUGAAGCGGCAGCUGGACGAGGUUGUGUCUGAGAACCAGCGGCUUAAAGUUCCCAGUCCGAAGGGAAGAGCCAUCUGUGUGAUGAUAGUGCUGGCCUUCGUGAUACUAAACUAUGGGCCCAUGAGCAUAUUGGAGCAGGAUUCUAGGAGAACAAAUCCUACCACGAGCCCUGCAAAUCAAAGGAGGCAUCUUCUAGAAUUUUCUGCCAAGGAGGUGCAAGACACAUCAGAUGGCAUCAUCCAGAAGAACAGCUACAGGUAUGAUCAGUCCGUUUCCAAUGACAAGGCACUGAUGGUGCUCACAGAGGAGCCCCUACUCUACAUCCCACCCCCUCCCUGCCAACCUCUCAUCAACACUACUGAGUCUCUCAGGUUAAACCAUGAACUUAGAGGGUGGGUCCACAGACAUGAAGUGGAAAGGACGAAAUCAAGAAGGAUGACAAAUCACCAACAGAAAACUCGUAUACUUCAGGGUGCUCUGGAGCAGGGCUCCAACUCCCAGCUUAUGGCUGUCCAGUAUACAGACACCACCACUAUCAGAAAUUCAGGGAGCGAGCUUCAAGUGUACUAUGCGUCCCCCCGAAGCUACCAGGACUUCUUUGAAGCCAUCCGCAGGAGGGGGGACACAUUUUACGUCGUGUCAUUUAGAAGGGUGAGUUCCUAUUGAACGUAUAGAGGAAAUACUUUG